UACCACAUUCCAUUGAUGACUGGAGUCUACAAAUACAUCAACUACUACUACUUCAUGCAAUUGAUGGAAAAAGAAGUCCCAACAUUCGCCGGCUUAUACUGGGCUGAUGACCGCAUCGACCAAGUUAUUUACUUGAAAGAAAAGAUGCCAGAAUACCACUACAUCAUCGCUAUGGGCUCAUCAAUCUUGGGAUACAUGGCUGAAGGAUUUGAAGCAUACUCGAUGACUGCCAUGAGCCUCUACCCACAAUUGGUGAAAGAGUUCUACGACUACAUGACCCAAUACAAAAUAAAAGAAGCCUAUGCCGUUAGAGAAAAAUUGUACAAAACCAUCUACGCUUUGUUCGGCAAAGAAAAGUACAUGGACUACAUCUACACAAUGAAAAUGGAAAUGGACAAAUUGUAUCCAUUCAAAAUGGGACCAGUUCGCAAACCAAUAACCAGCAACUACUUCUAUUAAUUCAGAAAUGUAUACUUGCAAUCG